GGCUGCAGUACCUCUCGUUAAGGUACUUAGGUUGGUGGAUUCGGAUGAGCAUCCGGCAAUGGGAUUCAUUUAUGAAGCAAUGGAUCGUGCGAAAGAGAAAAUUCAAAAGAACUUCAAUAAUGUCCUAACAUGCUAUGAUCCUAUAUGGGCCAUCAUUGAUAGAAGAUGGGAAACCCAACUCCAUCACCCAUUGCAUGCUGCAGCAUACUUCUUGAACCCUCAGUUUCAUUAUAGUCCCAAUUUUCAAGCUGAUGCAGAGAUUAAAAUUGGGUUGUACAAAUGUCUUGAAAAAAUGGUCCCUGACACUAAUGAGAGGGUGAAGAUAGAUUUGCAAAUUGAUGCAUUCAAGAAUGCAAGAGGACUCUUUGGUAUACAAAAUGCAAUCUUGACUAGAAAAAAGAAAUCUCCAGGUUAUUUAUUUUUACCCUAAGUUGAUUUGUAAGUUGUAUCAAUCUUAUGUUAUGAUUAUUUGUUUUGAAGAACUUUAAAUUUUGAACUACUUAAUUAAAAUUUCGAUGUAG